UAACACUUCUCAAAACUCUAGAUCUUAAUUGGAUGGGAAUUGAGUCUGUUUCAUUCUCUAUUUUUUUAAAAUUUGAAUCCUUAAUCCUUGAAAUUUAGUUUGGAGAUAAGAUAAGCUUUGAUGAUGAUAGAUUGACUAUCUUCAAACCAUACAAGUCACCCUUCAUUGGUAGGGAUCGAAAAUUUUGUGUCUCUACCAUUGAAGAACAUCAUGAAGCCGGAUAAGUGAUUGUUCCUGAUGAAGAUGGGGACGGGGUGAUGAGGAGAAGACUGUUCUAGAGUCUGAAGAUUCAAAAAUUAUUCUUCCGAAGUUUAAACAUGCUCAGAUUAUUGUUCCGAGAGAUGGCGGCGGCAGCGAAUGACUGGGAAAGUGGUGGUGGAGCGGUGGGCGCACCGAAGAUCGUAUGGAACGAGGGAACGCGGAGGUUCGAGACGGAGGACAAGGAGGCUUAUCUGGAGUACGAGCUGAAGCACGGCGGCAGAACCAUGGACAUUCUCCACACCUACGUUCCGCCCAGCAAGCGCGGCCUCGGCAUCGCCGCUCUUCUCUCUGAAUCCGCCUUUUCUCACGCCAAGGCUCAUUCGCUCGCCGUAAUUCCGUCGUGCUCCUAUAUCUCCGAUACCUUUCUUCCUCGGAACCCUUCCUGGAAUUCCGUCCUGUACAGACAAGAUAUCAGAUCGCAGAUCUGAGGCGCAAAUCUGUCAAGGAUAUAUGGUGAGAAUUUUGUGGUGACUUUCAACCAAUAUUUUAAAAGUAUGUCAUUUGUCUUUUGAGUCACGAUUGUAGGUUAUGUGUCUGUGAAUUUAAUUAGUUUUUUUGAAGCUGCUCAAAGUCUCAAACAAUGAAAAAGAAUUGACUCACUCGAGAAAUUUAAGCCUGCUUGUGUAUUGUAAGAUGAACACAAUUGAUGGAAUGACCUCAUUAUGAACACAAUGUUGAAGAAAGGGUAUUUAAAGAUGCUGAUCCAAUCGAUUUGAGCAAAUUGGCAGAAUGGCCUGAUUUGGAAGAUGUCGAAUCAUGAUGUCCUAUGUGAAAUGGGAAUGAAAACGCCGAGACUCUUGAGAAAUCACUUGAUGAUCUUCCAAUUGAUAAUGAUAUAACUUUUCAUUUGAUAAUGAUAUAAUUGAUGCUGGAUUUUGGGUAUUUUGUGACUUGUAUUGAUGAUAAUGUUUUUGCUAUGUACACUUGUAAUCUUACUUUCGACUCCAAAUAAUUACUUUAUGAAGAC